UCAGCUUUGGGGCUAUCGAGCGCGGGUUGUGUUCCAGGAAGAGGUCUGCUUGCGCAGCUACGGAUGAGAGUGGUCGGUUCCCUGUUGAUGUUCUGCUCGUUGGCCCGUCCCAACCGAAUCGGCGCCUUCUGCAGCAGGAAUAUUCCACGCCACAACAACAGGCAGCAGCAAGCUCAACACGGCAAGCUCAGCAUGGCUGCUAGUGCUGCACCGAUUGAACUCGAGCACGUGUCCGGCGAUACCCUCGGGGGAAGCGGUAUUACUCUCGUUCCUAAGGAUGGGGCCUACACGAACGUGGUUGUGUGGCUUCACGGCCUGGGAGAUACGGCGGCUGGAUGGGCUAGUACGAUGCCGCAGUUGAAGCUCCCCCACACCAAGUUCAUUCUUCCGACCGCAGACACCAGGCCAAUCACCCUCAACGGCGGGUACGAGAUGCCGGGAUGGUCGGACAUCUUUGGUCUCCAGGAGGACUCUCCCGAAGACGCAGUGGGGUUCAACGCCAGCGCCGAUCGAGUCCGGGCCAUCUUGGAAGCGGAAAAGGCCAAGGGGAAGGAGAGUACGCGAAUGGUGGUCGGGGGAUUUUCGCAGGGGGGUGCGGUGGCACUGCACUUCUGCCUUCGAGCCACGGAACCUCUAGCAGGUUGCGUGGCAUGCAGCACCUGGAUCCCUCUCAACAAGGACUACCCGACAGCCCUGGGCAGCGCAUCCAAGGACAUUCCCGUGGCCCAGUUUCACGGAACGCGGGACGAAGUGGUACAGUUCACGUGGGGCCAACAUAGUCACACCCUCAUGAAGGAGAAGCUUGGCAUGACUACCACAUUCGAGGCGAUAACUGGCAUGGGACAUUCAUCGAGCAAUGCUGAAAUGGAGAGCGUUGCGGACUUCCUCAAGAGAGUGCUGCCGGACGGCCAAUAGCCUGCCUGUUUUGGGGGGUCUUGGGCCAGGAGAGAAAGUAACCUGACAUUUGGGGUCUCGGGGCUUGAAGAGGCGUUGUUGUGAGGUAAUUUAGUGGAAGAAUUUAUUCUGCUGAACCAGGGACAACAGUAGUGAUGUUGAUGGAAAAUGGUUGACAGUUGAGUGGUAAGGCUUGGAUGCGCUGCAGGAAAGGACGUCUUCUGUUCGUGCCCUGAUGGAGGCUAUUCGGCUCGAGAGGCAAGAAGACCGCCGUAUCAUACCGUAGGUUGGAACUGCGAGCAGGCGGCCGAUACUGACAUGUAGCGAAAAAGAAAGCUGCGAGAAAAACAACGUUACGAACAUGGGAUGGCGAGAAUACUCGGAAGGGUCUGAGGGUUGUCACACUACGUUGGCACAUGUGCCAGAUAGAGCACACGACUUGAUAAUUUUGUCUGGUACGUUAGAGGUGUCGAAAGAGGCCGUGAAUAUUUUACCGACGAGUUUCCAUGUGUAUCGCGUGCACACGGCUCUCUUUCCUUGACUCCCUGGUAUGAGCUACAUGUAGCCCCGGGGGAGAACUCCUACAGUAAUGGUGCUCUUACCCGUGUUGUUUGGCGCUCAAGGACGACUCUAUUCUCGGUUCGACCCUGUGGGUAACCAUGCGCUACAUCAUAUAUGGCGGUACAGCCUUGUUGACCGUCCGUUUUUUGCGUACUUGGCCUUGCCAGCAGGCCGUUUGCAGGGCGGUGUCACUAUGGAGAUAUCGUAUGGAUCUGAUGUCGGCAUUACACGGCACCUUGUUCCGUAUUUUUGCUGUGUUGUGCACUUGUGUGCACUGCUGCGGAAUUCUUCAAAAUCUUGGAAGUUUUGAGCCAGGUGUAUCCUUUAUUUCCCUUGUUUUUUUAAUUUUCUAGUUUUUCGAAGUGUGUGUACCCUUUUUGGGUAGUUGAAUUGUGACUACGGAGGGUAUCCGCGUCAGGUGGACCGCUACACUAUGUAAGGACAUUAGAAGGUACCCUUUGAGUACAGCAGUAAGACAACAUCGCUGAGAACGCAGUAAGGAAGGCAUCAACACGCUUUAUCUCUGACUGGACGUGUUCCAAAAGCAAUAGAAAAGCAAUGUGUCUUUAUGCUUAUCAUUAGCGUCGACCGCGCUAGCUGGCUGGCUACUGCGGAGACUCUCACCUCGGCAGACGUUGGCAAGGCUGACAAAUAAUGCUCAUGUUAUGGCUUCUCGAACAUCGGGCAGAUGGUUCCGCGAGACAGUCUCGGUUUUCCGUAGAUGAUAUGUACCAAGUCUU